AUGAAUCCCAAACCGGGACCAACAUUCUGGAAAAAAGAAUUCGCUUGGUCUUAUUCGACCGUUGAAAGACUAGCAAUAGCCAAGAGCAAACGGCUGGGCAAUAUUUUCAGAGAAUACGCUCGUUACUGUACCGUACAUGGCGUCCAAUACAUAUUUAAAGAUAAUUCCAGUUUGAUUGAACGGUGCGCUUGGUUAGUCAUCGUGUUGACUAGUUUCGUUUGCGCUAGUAUUCUGGUACAUACCAUGUGGCUAAAGUUCAACUCCUCGCCGACGGUUACCGCGGUCAAGGACACACACUUGGCGCUAUACUCGCUGCCGUUUCCGGCCGUCAACGUCUGUCCCAUGGACAAGAUAAAACGUCUGGUGGCCCAUAAGUACAUGGCUGACAGAAUAAACGUKUCGUAUCAAGAGUCCGAAUUGGAUAACUUCCUUAACGCGUUGACCUUAUUUCAGCACCCGCUCUACAAUAGAAUGUUACAUUACAUAAAUAAUGGAAUAGACGGUUUCUUGACUAAAUUAACCACCAUAAAUAUCACAGAUUUUAUGUUAAACGUAAUGCCGACAUGCAACGAAGUGUUCAACGCUUGUUUUUGGAUAGGACACUCUUAUAAUUGUUGCGACUUGUUCAGCUUACAGAGAUCUGAGGAGGGUUUUUGCUAUUCAUUCAACUCACUGACUUCUGUUAAAAAAUCGGAUUGGUAA